CACCAAUUCCACGUUUAUUACUCGUUGCCCGGAUUUAGACAAUCCCUCUCUCUCCCCUCCACUGUUAAGAAUUAAAAGAUAUACCAACAAUACAACAACUACACUGCCUCCUUUAACCCCUCUCUUAUCGAGGCUCUCAUCUUCUCCGGAAGACUCAUCAUCCGGCUAUCGCGUCAUCUUGUUUUGUCGUUCGCCUGUUCUUCGCUUCUACUCGAUCACGCGCCCUGGUUGGCCCCUCGGUCGAGAUUGUCUGUGUUUCAGCAACCAAUUCCUGUCAACCCGCGACACCAUCACUGUUUGAUCGACUCCCUUUUUUUUCCUUUCGAGAGAGAGGGGUUACUAUGACAUUUUCUCCUUUGGGAAGAGAGAACAACGUUUUAUAGAUAGGACUAAUUCGCCCACCUGGUCCUCAUAUCCCACCAUGUCGACCGACGAGAAUUUCACCGCCGAACCAACCAUGACAGACGUGUGCCCUGCCUUCCAAUUCGACGCUGCUCUGCAGCACAAGCGGAAACGAAGGAUUGACGAUCCGAGUGAUGAAUCUCUGAUGACGCGAAGUCCAAAGAGAAGACCUCCUCAUCAGUGUCUACCGAUUCGCCUAUCCCCUUCGGCCAGACCACAGUUGCAAUCCCAGGCGUAUUCUACCUUCACCUCCAUCUACCAACAACCGCCGACCCCGGUAGAUACCUCCGAGGACGAAAGCCCUUCUGAGCCCAAGGACGCCAGCCACUGGCCCACCACCAACAAGUCUCGUCCGACCCGGGACUCUCAAGGCAGCGAUUCCAGCAGCAUGUCCUCGAUCCGAGCACAGUGUGGAGACCAUCACAACGUGGACGUGAACAUGGACCUGAACCCCCCCACCAUCAGGAGGGCCCGUUCGAACGACAUUAUACCACCUUACCGCGACAGCAACUUUCUGACCGCGAUGGACACGUUUGCGAGAGAAAGAGUGCCGACCCCGAUCAGCAGCCACUUCGACAACCGAGUCGCGGACCUGCCCAGUGUCCCCCGGCAUCAGUUCCCGCCUCUGCGUACGAACCUCAGUCCGAUGAUCGAGCAAGAUUCCUGGAUCGGGCGAGACGGACUACCGAGUCCCGUGGAGGAUGAUCGACGAGACACGGACAGCAUGAUGGUCGACCAGCAGGGCGAUGGCGACGGACUGCUUCGUUGUGGAGAACCACCGGCCCAUGUCCCCAUGGACGAGAGAUGUGACGAUGGUGGUCUCCAACUCGACGGUUACUCCAGCCCGGGGGGAAAGGCAAGAACGGCGAGACUGCACAUGGGGUUUCUCAACGGCUGUGACAAGUGCAUUCAAAAGGUGCCCGGACAUUACAGCCAUAUUCUGUGGUCGUGAAGGACUUUUUGUUUUCAGCUGGAGAUUAUUCGUUGCUUGAUGAUGAUGAUGAUGAUGACGACGACGAACGACGAAAUAAUGAUGAUAGAACGAUGGCACGGAACGGAUCAUGCAUGCGUUAUACAGACCAUGGACGUGAAGUGGUUGGGGUUAUCCGCAUUUUGGAGCAUUUGAUUCUGCGGUUUGCGAAUCCGCGUAGCGCUGGAAACGGGGGGAUUUUUCAGGUACUCAAGAACUCAAGAACCCGAGUACCCAAGUACCCAAGUACCUACCUAGACUCGGUGGCACCGUCGGUGCGCAGCCGUUUGUUGUACGAGUAAAGCCUAGAAAGUAAAUGUGAGACUAUUGACGACGGUAAUGGUAGUGGUGGUGAUGUGAAGAAUCCAGGUCACUCCCCUUAAAACGAG